AGCGACUGUCGGAGUCUACCGGAAUCCACACACCGUCUUUUGGUUUAUUGAUCACCAUCUCUGCGACUGGUGGACACAGUUACCGCUAUACUGCCAUCAUGCUUCAUUUGCGCCUUCCAUCGACCCCUUUCUACUUCACUCCUUGCCUUUCCUCUCUCCUCCUCCUGAUCUUCCUCUUGGGCCUCACCCAUCUGUCUCAGGCUGGUGGCGAUGUGUCCCACAGCAGCUCGGGGAACUGUUCAGGAGAGGACAGCUGCUCUGACGGUGUCGUCCUGCCGGUAUGGAACCCCCAGAACCCCUCUGUGGGCGAUAAGGUGGCACGUGCCAUCGUCUACUUUGUGGCCCUCAUCUACAUGUUCUUGGGCAUGUCCAUCAUCGCCGACAGGUUCAUGUCAUCCAUCGAGGUGAUUACGUCUCAAGAGAAGGAGAUAACGAUCAAGAAACCCAAUGGCGAGACUACCACUGCUACCGUACGCAUCUGGAAUGAGACCGUGUCUAACUUGACCCUCAUGGCUUUGGGAUCGUCGGCUCCUGAGAUCCUGUUAUCUGUGAUUGAGGUCUGCGGGCACAAGUUUGAGGCUGGUCACCUGGGCCCGAGCACAAUUGUGGGUAGUGCUGCAUUCAACAUGUUCAUCAUCAUCGCCAUCUGUGUUUACGUGGUCCCAGAUGGCGAAGUACGCAAAAUCAAGCACUUGAGGGUCUUCUUUGUGACGGCAGCCUGGAGCAUUUUCGCCUACAUUUGGCUCUACUUGAUCCUCUCUGUCUUCUCUCCCGGCGUGGUGGAAGUCUGGGAGGCCGUGCUUACUUUCCUCUUCUUUCCGCUCUGUGUGGUUCAGGCCUGGAUCGCUGACCGUCGCUUGCUCUUUUACAAAUACGUCCACAAGCGCUACCGUGCUGACAAGAACCGUGGCAUCAUCAUUGAGACGGAGGGUGACGGCAUAUUCACCAAGAUGGAUAUGGAGAUGGACAGCCAAGGUGCCAAUUCCCACCACAAGGAGGCACUUGAUGGGAUGCUGGCCGGUGUGGAGGAAGGAGGCGGUGGAGGAGGUGGAGGGGAAGAAGAGGAGGCCAGGAGGGAUAUGGCUCGUACGCUGAAGGAGCUCAAGCAAAGACACCCAGAGAAGGAUAUGGAGCAGCUGAUCGAGAUGGCCAACUAUCAAGUGCUUGUGCAACAGCAGAAGAGUCGAGCUUUUUAUCGCAUCCAGGCCACCCGCAUGAUGAUCGGAGCAGGGAACAUCCUGAAGAAGCAUGCUGCAGACCAAGCCAGGAAGGUGGUGAGCUGCCAUGAAUCUAAUGCCCAGGAAGAAGACCCUCACACCAUCUACCUGGAGUUUGAGCCCUCCCAUUACCAGUGCUUUGAGAACUGUGGCUCCUUAAAAAUCUCUGUGACCCGACAUGGUGGAGACAGUGGCUGCACUGUCAAGGUUGACUAUCGCACAGAGGAUGGCACUGCUAACGCAGGAUCAGACUAUGAAUUCGCCGAGGGCACUCUGGUCUUUAAACCAGGUGAGACGGUGAAGGAGCUGACAGUUGGCGUGAUUGACGAUGACAUAUUUGAGGAAGAUGAGCAUUUCUAUGUAAAUCUCAGCAACCCUCGUGUUGUCCACCGCGCUGAGGUCUCCGUCCUCGACCCUAAUGCGGUGUCUCCAGGCAACAGCAUUAUGGCGUCCAGCCACGUUCCUCCCAAAGCUGCCCUAGGUAACGCACACACUGCCACGGUGACCAUUUACGAUGACGACCAUGCGGGGAUCUUCACGUUCGAGAGCAAUGCCACAAGAGUGAGUGAAAGCGUGGGCAUGAUGCAGGUGAAGGUCCACAGAACAUCUGGAGCGAGGGGGAAGGUGGCAGUACCGUACCACACUACCGAAGGAACGGCCAAAGCUGGAGAAGACUACGAAGAGGUGGCUGGCAAACUGGAGUUCCUCAAUGAUGAGACCUUGAAAAUCCUGGAGGUGAAGAUCAUUGACGAUGAGGAGUACGAGAAGAACAAAACCUUCACCAUCCACCUGGGAGAGCCGGUGCUCCUGGAGAUCGGGCAGAAACACGGAGACUCCAAUGAUAACAAGCCGGCGGUGGGGGCAGAGGAAGAGGAGGUGGCCAAGAUGGGGUGCCCGAGUCUGGGAGAGCAUACCAAACUGGAGGUGGUGAUAGAGGAAUCGUACGAGUUUAAGAAUACCGUCGACAAGCUGAUAAAGAAGACUAACCUGGCUCUGGUGGUGGGCAGCAGUAGCUGGAGAGAACAGUUUGUUAGCGCUGUCACUGUCAGUGCAGGUGACGAUGAUGAGGAGGAGAGUGGGGAGGAGCGCUUGCCUCGUGCUUUUGAUUACAUCAUGCACUUCCUGACAGUUUUCUGGAAGGUUCUUUUUGCCUUCGUUCCACCCACAGAGUACUGGAACGGCUGGGCCUGCUUCAUCGUCUCCAUCACACUCAUCGGGGUCCUGACCGCUGUCACUGGAGAUUUGGCCUCUCACUUUGGUUGUACAGUAGGCCUGAAGGACACUGUCACGGCUGUGGUGUUUGUGGCCUUGGGCACAUCAGUGCCUG